AUGAGUGAAAAAGAACGUGUUGAAGAGUUACUUGAGGUAUUAAGCCGGCUAGGCACAAACAGAGAAGAAGGAAUGGAUAUUUACGAGAGACGUGUGUUUGCAUUUAUGAAAGAUAUCAAGCCUGAGACAUUUGACUCUCUUGACUUUGGAAGUGAGCUUGAGAGGAUUGCUGCAUAUCCUAUAGUUCUUGGAGCUCUUUUCAUGAGGAAGGAGUUUAAGAAGAUCGACAAGAUGGUUAAUGAAAACCUGCUGCCUUAUCUCAUUGGAAAGAAAAGAAUCUACGAUUAUUUUAUCGGGCUCGUUGUGAAGAUUUUUUAUCUUGCAAGGAAGAACGAAUGCCAGGAUAACUCCACUCUUUUCAGUCUUCUUGUUACAAAUAAGGAGCUUGGUAAUGAAUAUACCGUUUCGGUGAUAACCAAUUGUCUUCUGGAUAUGCUUAUUAGCAACAAAAUAUUCCAAAGGAUCGAGAGUUCCAUUGUAACAACUUCUGAGCAAGCAAGGUACAAUUAUUACAAUGGAAUAAUUUCCAUGGUUGAAGGAGACUACGAGUCGGCCCUGAAGUGCUUUCACACAAGCAUCAUCCUUUCAACAAAUCGUGAUGUGAUUUUAGGUGCUGAGAAACGUGUUAUUUUGUGUAUGUUGCUUAACAGCGAUUACAACAUUCCGUACUCUUAUAGGCCAAGUCUUAAAACAUACUUUGAACUUGCUUCUGUUGUGAAGAAAGCCGAGAUAAAAAAGUUUGAGGAGACUCUAGAAAACAAUAAGAAUGAAUUGAUGUCUCAAGGCUUGUACUUUGUGGCAAGAAGAUUAUAUCAAAAUGUAAUUCAGGAGGGAAUAAGAAGAAUAAGUGUUAUAUAUUCCCAAAUAUCUUAUGCAGACAUAGGCCAUCUCUUAGACAUCAAUCCUGAAGAAGUAGAGUAUCUGGUUAAGAGAACAAUUAGAAAAGGUUUGAUAGUGGGGAAGGUUAUUGAUGGUAUCUUUUACUCUCUGAGAGAGGAUAAGUCGGGGGCUGACAUAGGUAUCGGAAUCAGGGAUUGCAUACAAUUAACGAAGUAUAUCCAAGAGCAUAUGAGAUAUCCUGCUAUUGAACCUCUAUGCUAUGAAAAGGUUAGAAAAACCCAUGACAAAUAA